AUGACCAUGACCGCAAUGUUCAUGGCAUCAGCAGUGUCAGCGCUUGUUUUGCGCAGUGCUGCUGUUCGAACUCAGCCUGGCAUCCUUGCCGGCUGCAACUACAAAGCGCUUGCCGCCGCCAAGGUUGACAGGCGCUGGGGGGCCGAAGCCGUGGAAGUGUCCUUCUGCGGGAGGUCGGCGAAGUUGCGCAAACGCGGACCGGUGCGUGAUCCGUUCGAUGGUGUGGAGUGGUGGGAUGCAUCGCAGCAGGGUGAAAAACUCACUGGCCAGGAGUCGGAGACCCUGAAGAAUCAUGUGGGCUCCUACUGGCGUUACGGGCGCUCGGUUGUCCAGCUUGGGCGUGGAUUGCUGCCGCCGCUUUAUUCCGAAGACUACAACACCGACUUCAAGGACAAGGACUAUGUUUCCUUGGCCCGUUCGGUUCUGGACUUUACUGUGACGCUUGGCGAUGCUGCAAACAAGCUUCCGGCUCCGAAGACCUGCGUGGAUUCGUGGCUGAGUGUUUGGUUGCCCUCGGAGAAGCUGCAAGCGCUCCGUGCAAAGGCGGCUAAUGGAGAGACAACCAGCUUCUCAUGGUUCCAGUCCCCUACCACAGAUGAGGAUCAUUCCUACAUGUUCUUGUCUGACAACAAUCAGCCCAGCCAUUGCAGCCCAUACUGCCAAUGGCGGAGCUUUUCCUUCCCGGUGCAGUUCCACUUCCGCACUCGCCAUUCCAAGGAUGUUGCCAAGUAUGACGACAAGGAGAAGCCAGUGCUCAUCUUGCCCAACUUGGCCUUCAAGGUUCUUGAUGUGUCAGAGGUAAUCACCGACCCCCUCUAUGUCAUGUCCUCAGCCGAGCUGGUGGAGUGGCUCAACGAGACACACCCCUACCGCAACUGGCAAUACGAGAGGGCCGGGCAAAGCUUUGGCCCAUACCCCCGCCUAGCACAGGCAGUGCAAGAUCGGGGGAUGGACGGGCAGGGUUUCUCAGCAUGGGAGGUGGAUGGCAAGUACGACAUGCUUCACUUGGAGGGUGCGGAGUAUCGCCCCUUCUUUGACGCGCUUGCAUCUCGCUUUGAGAUGCCUCCUCGAGCCGGCAGGUUUGGCACUCCUGUCGCUAAUCAGGCUCCCUACAUCAUCAAGGUCAAAUUGGAAGACACCGAGGGAUGUGCUUAG